GGGUGGUAAAAAAUUCAAAUCACAAAAGCGUAAACAAAUCAAAAAAGUUAAAAUUCCUGAAUCAAAAAAACCCAAAGACAACGACAUGGAUGACGAAUGGGAAGAAAUCGAUGAUGAUAAUAAUGAUGAAUCCGAAUCAUCUUCACAUGAUUCGGAUGGUGAAGAAUCUAUUAUGGAUGCAACAACGCAUAAAAAAACAUUGGAAAGUUUAAAAGAUAAAGAUCCAGAAUUUUAUGAAUAUCUUCAAAAACAUGAUAAACAAUUGCUUGAUUUCAAUGACGAUCAAGAAUUGCCAUCGGAAGGUGAUUAUGAUGAUGAUGAUGAUGAUGUUGGCCAAAAUCUUGAUGAUGAAGAUUCAAUUGAGGAAACAACGAGAAAUGUAACCAUUGAUAAUGUCAAAGAAUGGAAACAAAUACUUCAAAAUCCAACAACAAAAGCCAAUUGCCUUAUGGCAAUUAAAUCAUCGAUCAAAGCAUUUCGAAAAUCAGUUCAACAAACACAAGAUAUAUCUGAUCAAAUGUUAAUGAAACCAAUGGCCGUUAUGAAUCCAUCAUUGUUCAAUAUGAUUAUCAAUACCUGUCUGGUUGAUCUAUUGCCUGCUAUUUCACAUUAUCUAAGUAUAAAAAAUGAUGAUUCACAGAACAAAGAUGAAACAAUGAAAUGUCAAUUAUUUGAUCCACGUCGUUCACGAAAUUGGAAACGAAUUCUAUCAUCCAUGAAAAUUUAUUUAACCGAUAUAUUGAAAAUGAUUUCAUCAUUAUCGAUUGAAGCACGGUUAUCAUUUGAACGUCAUGUUCUUGAACUAUUACCAUAUUAUCAAGUAUUUCCACAUCUACUAAAACGAAUUAUUCGUUAUUCAAUUCAAGAAUGGCAUUCAAGCCAAGAAGAACGUUCACGUGUUUUAUCUUUUCUUAUUCUUUAUCGUGCUAUUCGUGUUAUACGAUCGAAUAAAAAUCAUAUGACCAAUACUGAACUACAAACAUUAAUCAAUCAUUUAUUACGACAAUUAUAUAUGACCUAUGCUGUAACAUCGAAAACAACCAAUGAAAUUACUAUAACGAAAAUUCAAUUUAUGAGAAAUUCACUAGUUGAACUUUAUCAACUUGAACCAAUGAUUUCCUAUCAACAAUGUUUUAUUUUUAUGCGUCAAUUGACCAUAAAUCUUCGUAAAUCUAUAAUGGUGAAAGAAAAAGAUGCCUUAAAACGUGUUCAUAAUUGGCAAUUUAUCCAUUCAUUGAAUCUAUGGUCACAACUGAUUGGCACAAGUCUUAAACAAAAUGACCUAUUUGGUCAAUUAUUAAUGCCCGUUACGAAUAUUUCACUUGAAACAUUAAGGUUAUUUUCUGCAUUCAAAUAUGUUCCAUAUAGGCUACAAAUUAUAGAAUCAUUAAUAAAAUUAUCAUCAGAAUCCGAUCAUUUUAUACCGAUUUUGCGAACAUUCCGUGAAAUUAUCGUACAAUUGGCACAGAAUAAAAAUGAAAUUAUUCUUAAGAAUAAAAUCAAAAACAAAAAGAAGAAAAAAGAAACAAAACCAAUGGAAAUUGUAAAGAAAAAAGAACCAAAAAGUGCAAACAAAAUAAUCAAUUUAAAUGUAACUUUGAAAAUAUCAAAAGAACAAACAUUUGAAAUGGAUUUCAUUCAAAAAGUUGUGGACAGAAUCUAUGAGUUAUUGUUAUAUUAUCUGAAAUCUAUUUCACAUCUAAUAUCGUUUCCGGAAAUUAUUCUCAUAUUUCAUGGAGAAUGUAGUAAACUAAUCAAAUCAAUACCAUAUGCUCGUGGUCAGACAAUGAUGAGACAAUUGAUGGAUAAAUGUGAUAAAAAUGCCCAAUUCAUUGUUGAACACCGUGAAAAACAAAACCUAAGUGGAAAGCUCAAAGAAUUGAUUGAUCAACAAAGAAUCGAAUUAUUUGAGAAUGAAAUACGAAAUCUAAAAACGCCACUGGUUGAAUUCUAUGAACAAUGGCGUCAGUUCAAAUCCAAACAAUCUACAUCAGAAACUAACGAAGAAGCUCCGUUGGAAUUAGCGAAAGAUGCACUAUCCACUUCUGUUGUACGUGAAUUCGAUAUCGGACAAGAUAUAGAACAUGAAAGUGAUGAUGAUGAUGAUAAUGACCAAGACGACAAAGAACUAGAUGAAUCUGAACUUGAUGAACUUGACAUGGAUAACGACGACGGUGAUGAUGAUGAUGAUGAUGAUGAUGAUGAAAGUAUUGAAGAAUUUGGUGAAAAUGAUAAAGUUGAGCUAACCGAAGAACAAAUGAAAAAACUCCAGGAUAAAAUUGAAAAGGCUGAACGAAAAUUAUCGAAUAAUAAACGAUCCAGACCAUCAGAUGAUGACGAUGAUGAUAAACCAAAGAAAAAGAAACGAAAACGUUCGAAAAAGAAUAGGAAAAAAGCUCGUGGACUUAAUCCAAAUCUUGACCUAGAAGGAGCAUUUGAUUUAUCGUCCGAUGAGGAAUGAUUUUUAUUGUUUUAACUUGAAAAUCAAAUUGAUUGUCAAAAAAAAUCGCUGAGAAAUUUUCCGGAAACAU